AUGAAGCUCUGGUUUACAGUAUUAUGUUUUGCACUUCUUUUGAGUGUCGUGUCGGCUGAACUCGUGGCACAGUACAAGCCGGGUGACCUUCCGGAACAGGAGCCCCAGAAUCUACCAAAACCCCUGGAAGAACCUCCCCAGGAAGAAAAUCCCACGGAAGAACAUCCUCAUGGAAAACAUCACCGUCAUGGACUGUUCCGUCAUCACCGCAAGGUUGAAGGGUCCAAGCCAGAAGAAGGAAAACCCCAUGAUGUACUGCUCCGUUAUCACCGCAAGGUUGAAGGGUCCAAGCCAGAAGAAGGAAAACCCCAUGAUGUACUGCUCCGUUAUCACCGCAAGGUUGAAGAGCACGAGCCAGAAGAAGGACAUUCCCAUCACGGAAAGUUCCGUUAUCACCGCAAGUUUGAUGGGCCCAAACCAGAAGAAGGACAAGUACGCAUCCCCCCUCACCACCAUCAUGGUCCAGUGGUGCAUUGUCGCAGUGACUAUAAGAAACUCUGUGGUGAAUAUUUAUUGAAUGGCCAAUUUAAAGAAAUGUGGCAAUGCGUCGUUGAAAAUGUUGAGGCAAUAAGCAACGACACGUGCAAAGAGUGGGUGAAAGGCCUGCAUGCAUGCAAAAACGCUGCGAGUUCUCUAUGUGGAAACGCAUCCAACAGCCGGCGUGAGGUGCGACGCUGCCUAAGGUCUCUUGACGCCACGAAUAUUCCUGCCGAUUGCAGAAACUCAAGUUUCUAUAACCACACUCUUCGCAUGCAACCCAAGCCGGAGCCUAUGAAUCUGGACGCACGACAAAAUUAA